AUGGAGGAUCAGGAUCACAUCGCUUUCAUUGGCGUAGGUGUGAUGGGCUACGCCAUAGCAGGCAAUAUCCGGAAGAAGAUGUCCCGCAAGGCUCACCUCUAUGUGAACGACGUUAACAGAUCGGCUGCUGAGCGCUUCGCUCAGGAGUUUGGCUCUCACGGCUCGAUCCAUGUCGUCGAUUCGGCCAAAGAAGCAGCUAGCCAUGCGAAGGUUGUCAUCUCCAUUGUGCCUGGUGCGGACGAUGUUUGUGAAGUAUUCCUGGAUCCAGCUACCGGGGUGAUCGCCGCGCCGAAAGAUGCCGACAGAUUGAUGCUGGACUGCAGCACGAUCGACUGUCGAUCGUCGAGAACCGUCGGUGAGAAAUUGAAAGACGCGGGAUCGGGCACCUUCGUGGAUGCCCCUGUCUCUGGUGGAUUACCUGGGGCUCAAGCCGGGACACUCUCCUUCCUGGUCGGUCACACGGCCCCAUCUGACUCGGAUCCGAUGUCAAGGAGAAUCGAGGCCGUGAUCUCCAUGAUGGGUUCCCCCGACAAAUUUUUCUGGUGCAAUUCACCCGGGGCCGGCCUCGCCGUCAAGAUUGCGAAUAAUUACAUCUCCUGCACGACGCUCUUGACGAUCGCCGAGGCCAUGGCAAUUGGUGUCCGCUCAGGGGUCGACCCGUCAUUGCUGUACAAUUGCAUCAAGAGCUCGACUGGUCAAUCCUGGAUGUGUGACAACGUUCAGCCAGUUCCUUACGUGCUUCCCCAUGUGCCUAGUAGCAACGACUAUAAGCCGGGAUUCAAGAGUCAGAUGAUGAUCAAGGACAUCUCGCUGGGAGUCGAAGCGGGCAGAGAGGUGAGAAUUGAGCCGAAGACGGGAGAAACAGCCCUCAAGGUGUUUGAACAGGCUGCCAGGGACCCCAGAUGUAUCGAUCGGGACGGGUCGAGCGUGUACCUGUGGCUGACCGGUGACACAACGGAGGAUUAUGCCAAGAAACGGGAACAUUAG